GAGCCGGAGGAGGCGCCGGCCGCUGGGAGCCGAGCGCCGGAUCUCUCGGCUGGCGGGAGCGCGGGCCAGAGCGGCCGAGGUCAAGAGCAACUGCCAUUGAAAGAUAGUGACUGUUUCAGCAAACAUUGGAGGAACAGCCAGAAGUAUUGACAGAAAGCUUAAAUUACCUAAAUGACCGAUAAUGGUCUUCAGCUGCCAGCGGAGGCUGUGGAUGCCAAGAGAAAGGUAACCGUUUCUCGUCCUCGCAAGUGGAAUUGGAUGCCUCUGGGAGCCCACGUUGGCUGGCAGUAGACAUGGCUGAAGUUGCAAGCUACAAGGACACUGCCUCCAGCCGCCACCUGCGGUUUAAGUUACAGAGCCUGAGCCGGCGCCUUGAUGAGUUGGAGGAGGCCACCAAAAACCUCCAGAAGGCGGAGGAUGAGCUCCUGGACCUCCAGGACAAGGUGAUCCAGGCGGAGGGCAGCAACUCCAGCAUGCUGGCUGAGAUCGAAGCACUGCGCCAGCAGGUGCUGAGGAUUGAAGGUAAAGAUGAGGAAAUCAAGAAAGCAGAGGAUUUGUGUCACCUGAUGAAGGAGAAGCUUGAGGAGGAAGAAAACCUGACCCGGGAGCUGAAAUCUGAGAUUGAACGGCUUCAGAAGCGCAUGGCCGAGCUGGAGAAGCUAGAGGAGGCCUUUAGUAGGAGCAAGAAUGACUGCACCCAGCUUUGUCUGAGCCUCAAUGAGGAGAGAAAUCUGACCAAGAAAAUCUCCUCUGAGCUGGAAAUGCUUAGAGUCAAAGUGAAAGAACUGGAAUCUUCUGAGGACCGCCUGGAUAAAACUGAGCAAAAUUUAGUGUCAGAGCUAGAAAAGCUGAAGUCAUUAACACUGAGCUUUGUCAGUGAGAGGAAAUACUUGAAUGAAAAGGAGAAAGAAAAUGAGAAAUUGAUUAAAGAGCUCACCCAGAAACUGGAGCAGAACAAGAAGAUGAACAGAGAUUAUACGAGGAACGCUUCUAAUCUUCUGGAAAGGAAUGACCUGCGGAUUGAGGAUGGUAUCUCUUCCACACUGCCAUCCAAGGACUCGAGAAGGAAGGGGGCUCUGGACUACCUAAAGCAGGUGGAGAACGAAACCAGAAACAAAUCAGAAAAUGAAAAGAACCGGAAUCAGGAGGACAACAAAGUCAAAGACCUUAAUCAAGAAAUUGAGAAGCUUAAGACGCAAAUCAAACAUUUUGAAUCCUUGGAAGAGGAGCUUAAGAAAAUGAGGGCCAAAAACAAUGACCUUCAAGAUAACUACUUGAGUGAGCAAAAUAAAAACAAAAUCUUAGCCAGUCAGCUGGAAGAGAUAAAGCUACAAAUCAAGAAACAGAAAGAGUUAGAAAAUGGAGAAAUAGAAGGGGAAGAUGCUUUUCUGUCCAGCAAAGGCAGGCAUGAGAGGACUAAGUUUAGAGGCCAUGGUGGGGAUGCGUGCGUGGCCAGGCACGCAUCCCGGGACCUAUCUCCUCAGCAUAAGCGAGAAAGGCUCCGAAACAAAGAGGCUUUCAGCAGUGAAAACUACUCCACGAGCAGCAGGCAGGUUUCCUCUCCCACUUUCACCAGCAGGAGGGCGGCCAAAGCCUCCAACAUGGGGGCAGGCACAGACAGUGGCGCUCAGGAGACCAAGAGAACUGAAGACCGAUUUGCCCCUGGAUCUUCCCAGAGCGAAGGGAAGAAGGCCAGGGAGCAGCCGUCGGUGCUUAGCCGCUACCCCCCGGCGGCCCAGGAGCACAAUAAAGUCUGGAAAGGAACUCACAAACCAGGCACCGAGAGUGGGCUGAAGGGAAAAGUGGAGAAGACAACACGGACAUUUAGUAACUCCACGCAUGGGUCUGUUCCUGGUGAUGCAUUGGGUAGAGUUGACAAGGCUUCAGACCUCUCGUCAGAGGCCCAACCUGGCAAGCGAGGACAGGUUCUUGGCAGUGGAAGCCAGAUGACUCAGGCCACAGACCCCGUGUGCUCUAAGACUGUUGGAGCUCUGGCCUCAGCUCGAAGGUUAUCUGCAGAAGGACUCACUAAAGGUAAAAAGGCUACCAAUGGCCUGGAAGCCGAUGUUGGUUGCCCCAGUUCUAAGACUGUUUUAUCCAAGUACCCUUAUAGCUCCAGGAGCCAGGAGAGCGUCCUUCCGGGCUUUUCAACCCCAAAUAAAGAAGUCGAGCAGCCUGUAGCAGUUAUGAUGGAAGAUAGCAGUCAGCACGAAGCCCUGAGGUGUCGAGUCAUCAAAUCUAGUGGCGGAGAGAAGCCCGAGUCGGACGAUGACUUGGACGUGGCAUCUCUGGUCACUGCCAAGUUGGUGAACACAACCAUCACUCCCGAGCCUGAGCCCAAACUACCACCCAACUCUAGAGAAAAGGCCAGAUCCCGAGGGGAACACAGAGCCUCCCUAUUUGAGAAUGAUAAAAAUGCGGGGAGCGAAAAUGAAUCUGUAAAACCCAUCAGAGCCUCUAGCAAUGCCAUGGAACUCCCAGAUGCCAGUGGCACAGGGGUGAAAAGCCAGAGACCCUUCAGUCCCAGGGAAGCCUUGCGGUCUAGAGGUGUCAUCAAACCUGUUAUCAUAGAUAAGAACGUGAAAAAAAUCAUGGGAGGGUCUGGAAGUGAGGCUGUGCUAGAGAAACAGAAAUCUGCCUGUAGGCCGGGACCAAACAAAGUGACAAGCAGCAUUACUAUCUACCCCUCUGACAGCGGCCCUCGAGCCAGCCCAGGUGAGGCCCUGAGGGAGAGGCACACGUCCACCAGCAACAUCCAGGUUGGGCCCCCGGAGCUUAUCCCCGUUGGCAGCCAUGUCAACUCCCCGUUUGAGCUUUCCAUUCAUAAACAUGACAUCACUGUGCAGCUCACAGAAGCUGAAAGACUAGGGGAUGGGCCCUCGAGGAGUAGACUGGACACGGUCGUGUCUCGGAGCAGCAUUCUGAUCAAGCCAUCGGAUUCUGUGGAGAGGAACAGCCAUGCCAUCCCUGCAGAGACAAUCAGGUGGAAAAGCCACAGCGCCCCUUCUGAGAUGGGUUCCUCGGAUGCCAGGCACGUCACUGUGCGCAACGCCUGGAAGAGUAAACGAGACUUGAAAUCUGUAGACGAGCCUCCAACUCAAGCAGGUCGAAACAUGGAAUCUCCUAACUCCCACCUCCAGAGGUCUUCCACAGACUUCUCAGAACUUGAACAGCUCAGAUCCCACCUUUCUGAGUCAGGUGCUGGAAGGGUAGGAAGCUCGGGGGAUGCAGCUGAGCUUUCCUCCCGAAGGACACAAAGUAGCCUCACGGUGUCUGAGGUGCUCACCCAUCACAGUCAGGCAGGAGACAUGGUCAUGGCUGCAGCCUGGAACCAUUCCACAGCCACGGAGGAAAGUGAAGACUGCACACUCAGUGUCCACAGGCGACUGCACAACUCCCUGGAGCGGUCUGAGCCCCCAGCAAAGCCGGGGCUGCCAGAGCUUGGGCGAAUUCGGGCUGAAGAGCGAUUACGGCCAACUAGGCCUUGUGCUGAGGAGAACUGAGGUAGCUGGGUGAAGUCUGCUCUCUCCUCUGCUUCUGCUUCUCGGCUCUUCCACCUCCUGCCCUGGGAAGUAUCCUAACAUCAGUCAUCCAGCUGGAGACAAGGCCUUGGCUAGGAGACUGGUAGAGAGCUGGGGUGUGGCUCAGGUGAUUCUUGCCGGUUGGCCAGAGGGGAUCACAGACUACAACCUGGACAAUCACCCAGGCCCCAGCCUUUCCUGAUGCAUGAGUCCUCUUUCCUUGUCCCUGUCCCCAAGGUAGCAUACACCAUGUUGGCUCCCCAAGUGGGGAGAUACAGAAACCUCCCACCAUCAACAGUAGCCAAAAUUCUCUGCUCCCGGGUGGGUGUUUUCUGUAUCUUAGAGUACCCUCUUCUCUGUGUGGUUAAUGCCUUCUCCGUCUCCUCACCACUUCCAGUUCGCUCCUUGCCUGUGCUGAGGGCCCACGUGCCCACUAAGAAUUAUCAGCCAUCAGCUCCAUCUGGGGAGCUUCCUUCCUUCUCCCCUUGGAGUUCUUUUCCUCAGACUUUGAAAGCAGAAGGAUCUGCGCUGCCUGAGGGAUUAUGGGGCCACCUUGUAGGCUGAGGAUUCUCUGACCUGGCCCCCUGGCUGACCAGUUUCGUGGGGGCAGAGCAUGCAGAUUCCUAUUGGAAUGACACCCUACCCCCACCCCAGCUCUCUGCUCACCUUCCAAAGGCAUCAGAAGUGCUCGAGCCUCAUGCGUCCCCUUCCUUGAGCACCCAUAAUGCUGCUGGGUGAAACUGUAUCCUCUCCUGUGGUUGGAGACUUCAGCUGACAUCAUUGUUCCCAUUUUGGGAAAAAUUCCCUGGCUGAGCUGGGCCUGCCUGACCCAGCGUACCCUGCCUUCUAGGAAGUGCCCGGCAAGGGGAAAGCUGGCAGGAAGAAGCGGCUUCCCUUUAGUCACUCCACAAGCAAUAGCUCCAUGGAAGGCACUGACUGAGACUCCUCCCUCUUCCUCCUCCGCCAUCCCACACGGAGGAGGCUUCGCACUUUACCGCGCUGAUGCAUUCCUACAGAAGUGGGCCCGAUUCCUGCAAGUCGACUAUCAUUACAGUGACUUCACUGAAGGAAAAUGAUCUCCCAUUGAGGACCUCAGGUUUAUACAGCUCAGAGUGCAGCAAAUCUUUCAGGAAGCCACAUUGAAAAAAAAAAUCAACUAUUUUCCUUAUACCAGUCACACAGGGAAGUUACAAGCUACAUUCGUGGCACUGCUUUUUCUCCAGCAUUUUCCCAGCAUAAACAAGCAAUCUCCUUUAAAGGCUACUUGUACACAGCAGAUGCCAUUGCUUUCAGCUGCAAGAGAGCGUUAGACUAGGAGUCUAGCAAGCUGGGUUUUUUUCUGAGGCUUGAUUACUCCUUGCUGUGUAACCUUGGGUGAGUCUUUGUCCUCUAGGAACCUGUUUUCUUGUCUGUAAAGUGAGCUCUUUGAAGUGGAUGAUCAAUCUGGAAUUCAAGAUUCAGUCUCCACUGCGGGCCAGUUCUCACUGUGCACAGAAGCCUGGGGAAGCAUCUUCCCUCUUGGGUCUUCUGCGUGGGUCAUUCCACGUGUGUGUCUCACGGGGUGAGCCCAGAGAAGCUGCUCAGGCCUCUGUUCCCAGUAUCUAAAGGGAAGGGACUGGACAGUGAGGCCGUGCCCAGUGCCAUAUGCGUCAGCCCCUGACUUCUAGGCCAGGUACCUUCUAGUGCGCGUCUGUUCUGUGCCCUGUCCUGUGGAUUUCCUAGGAAGAGGGCAAGAACAUCGGGACUUCCUCGGGAGGACCACGAGUGGUGCCCCAGCCGCCACUGUGCACCAGCGCCAGUGUUCAUCCUGCCCUUGUCUGCAUCAGACUGCGCUGCUCUGAGGCUUGGAGAGCACUUGCCUUACUGUUGGACAGGACGUCUUGCGCAUACUUGUGUUCCCUGGAGUUUUGCCAACUUAAGGGCUUGCCUUGUUUCAUGGUUUGCCUUUUCUCCCCACAUUCCACCGUAGAUGCACAGUGUAGGAUGCUGUUUUCCAGAUUUCCUCUGCUGCUUCUCCCGGGUCACUGGCCAGCAGCCUGCUCAGUCAGUUGAGGCUGCAGGCCUCACUUGCAGCUUCUCCACUGUUCCCCUCCACCUGAUGGCAGCCCUGAGAGUUCAAAGGAAACUGAGCUCUGCAGUGGUCAGUUGAGCAUAGGAAACUCUGUGUCACUUUCUGCUGAUGGAAACAGAACGCCAAGCCAUGCUGAAAAAGAUCUCGCCAAUAUUUUUUUGUCUUUGGGUGUUGGAGCCCUAGAUUCUGGUGCUGUAGCUCCUGGUGCCAAAGUCUGGAUCUUUCCACAGUUUAGCAGUGCCGACAUCUGCAGCUACUCAGAAUGCUGUGUGGAAAAGGGACAGCUGUGGUGCCCUUUUACGGGGGCUGCUGUUUAGAAAUCUGAGUGCAAUAAGGUUUGAUUGUAACCAUUACUUCAGGAUAAAUAUUUUGUUUCUUAAUCUGCACACUUUAUAGAACCGCUGUAAAAUAUUUUAUUUUUGAAUAUCCUCAGCAUUGCAGAAAGUGUGUAUUAGCAAGUGAAGACUAGAGGUACAGUUCCUCCGGGCUUCACGUGGCUGGCAAGGCUGGCUCCCAGGUUCCGAAAUUGGAAGGCACAUUUCUGAACAGCAAUAAAGGUGUGGCCAUUUGGAUCCAGUGUUCAUAACUGGGGGUCCUGGAGGAAGCCUCCAGCAGAGGGGAGCCUGGUAAUUGAAUAGUUGUCUAAGCCAAAUAGUCCCAUGUCCCAGCCAACCCACUUUUAUGCCAAGCCAUCUCUGCAGCUUGCUCAGCUGUUUCAGGUGUAGGGUUGCGGGGCUACUCCUAGGAUGGCUGGAGAGCCUGGCCCUGCGUAGCUGCUUGGUUGUGAGGCAGCAGAGCUGGCUGGAUGCCAAGGGCUGGGCUUCACCUGUCACUGUCUCUUGCCACUCUGAUGCUGUGGGGCAGAUGGUAGACCACCUGGAGGUAGGUUUUGCUUCUUAGUGGCAGUGAAACAGCUGAGUGUGUGGGUUAAGGCAGGGAUCUGUGGGGCCAGUCCUGUGGGCAGGACUCUGAUCCCAGCUGCAGGCAAGCUUGCACACAAACCAUCCCCCUCUCGCAGGGAAGUGGAGGUGAGGUCUGCCAUGAUAUUGGACUUCUUGUCCUAGUUCUUAGGUUUAGUGGGUCAUGGUGCCAAGUGCUGCCACUUCCCAGCAAAGGAACAGGGAUGGAGACCCCUGAGGUGGUCCCUGGCUGUCUGGUGGUGUGGGUUUCUUUGUUGCUACUCUGACAAGACUGCUUUGGAACAGCUGCUUUUAGGGAUUUUCUUUUGAAUACCCCAGGUGGGCAACAGGGGUCUCCUCAAAGCCUCAAUCAAGAUCAUAGGAACGGGGCCCUAUUUUCCUGCUGCUUCACAGCUCAGAACAUGUACUGAAUGGAAUGUAUUUUUAAGAGAAUAAAGUCUAUUUUUUUGUAUUUUAAAGAUAGGGCUAGGAAGAUAGCCUUUAAAUAAACUGUUAUUGCAUCAUAUAGGCCCUUUUGCUGGGGGCGUCAGUCUGGUGGUCCACACCUUCUUGCUCAGGCAGGUGCUCUGGCCUCACCCCUGCGCCUUGGAGGUGUCUACAUUUGUGCUCCAAGCGUGGGCCCAAGGAGGCCAGAAUCUGCCAGCGGAAACCAGGGCGAAGCCAUGAGCAGUGGCUCAGGGCUCCUUGGGUGCAUGUGUGUGUAGUCAAAGCUGCCUGUCUGCAUGUAUCCUCUGGCUCGAACGCGCUCUCUGUUGGCUCUGCGGCACAAUAUGUAACCAAUAAAGCUCCCUAGUUUCCAUAUGCUCCA